AUCGUCGUCCGUUUUUAAAUCGUUAUUAUCAUCAUCGUCAUUCACUCGUCACCGUCGUCGUCGUCGUCGUCGUCGUAGCUGUUGUAUAGGCAACCGCGUUACUCGUAAUCGCAGUAGUAGUAGUAGAAGUAGUAGUAAGUAGGCUGCGGGCAGACAGGUAGGUAGGUAGGUGCACACGGUCUUUUCUCGAACGCGUUGUACCUGCCGCCGCUAGUCGUGCCGCCGUCGCCGUCGACGCGUAUCUCGAGCAAUAGGCUAUUUGGUAACCGACCGCCGAUCUGCCGUCUUCGUUACACUCGUUACGUCUUGUUCGGUGUGUGUUGUGACUCGUGAUAACGACGUGAAAAUAGUAGAUUCGAUACAAUCAUUACUACUCGGUCGUUUGUUGUCGUUAUGUACUGCGUGUGUGUCCGUUUGGAAUAGUUGUUAGGCGUGUACGGGCGAAAAAGAGAAACAAAAUUUGAACCGCGGCAAGUGGUGGUGAACGAAGCAAGGAAAAAAAAAAUCAACACGCAAACCGGAAGAUUUCGUCGGGUCGCGCGCGCAUACAUACUCACACGCACACGUACGACUCGCGCGCGCACACGCUCACACGUAAUAUAAUAUAAUAUUAUAUUAUUAUUAUUAUUGCGCGGUCGGAUUUAACACAUACGCACAGACAUUGGCGGCGCGCGGACACGAAGACGUCAAAAACGGUUAACGGUGUCAUUGAUGGGAAGUGGUGGACGUCAGCCCGGGCAUCCGGAAAUCAGCCAAACUGGAACUGAUGGAAUUAGAAAACAUUGUUGCCAAUACCGUGUACCUCAAAGCAAGAGAAGGUGGUACAGAUAGCAAUAAAGGGAAAAGUAAAAAAUGGAAAAAAAUCCUGCAAUUCCCACACAUAUCUCAGUGUGUCGAUUUUAAACCAUUAAUAGAUAUGAAAUACAGCUAUGUUAUAGAUCAACAGCCAAUUGGUCGGUUACUUUUUCUUCAAUUUUGUGAAGAAGAACGACCAGAAUUUCAUCGUUACAAUGUAUUUUUAGAUUCUAUUGAAAAAUAUGAAAUAGAAUCAGAUGAAAAUAGAUUAGAACUAGCAAAAAUACUUUAUGAUAGAUAUAUAAGAAGAGACGCAGUUAAUGCAGUGGAUGUACUAAGUGAAGACAUGAUAGUUAGAUGUCGGAACCAGUUAGACUCUGCUCAUAGAGAGUUAUUUACUGAUUGCUCAACUGCCGUAAAAACGUUCUUAGCUGGUCGUCCAUUUAGUUUAUUUGAAUCUUCAAUGUAUUUCCAUAGGUUUUUACAAUGGAAGUGGUUAGAAAGGCAAACUGUUACAUAUAAAACAUUCCGCAUGUAUAGAGUACUUGGUAAAGGUGGUUUUGGAGAAGUUUGUGCGUGUCAAGUCAGAGCAACUGGCAAGAUGUAUGCAUGUAAAAAAUUGGAAAAGAAACGUAUUAAAAAGCGAAAAGGUGAAGCAAUGGUUUUAAUCGAAAAACAAAUCUUACAAAAAAUCAAUUCUAGAUUUGUGGUUAGUUUAGCAUAUGCUUAUGAGACAAAAGAUGCACUGUGUUUAGUGUUAACUAUUAUGAAUGGUGGAGAUUUAAAAUUUCAUAUUUAUAACAUGGGCUCAGAACCGGGUUUUGAUAUUCCAAGAGCACGAUUCUAUGCUGCUGAGGUAUUAUGUGGAUUAGAACAUUUACAUGUUCAAGGCAUAGUUUACAGAGAUUGUAAGCCUGAAAAUAUACUCUUGGAUGAUGCAGGGCAUGUUCGUAUAUCUGACCUAGGUUUAGCAAUGGAGAUACCUGAAGGUGAAUCAGUCAGAGGAAGAGUAGGCACUGUUGGUUAUAUGGCACCAGAAGUAAUAGAUAAUGAAAAGUAUACAUAUAGCACAGAUUGGUUUAGUUUUGGAUGUUUAAUAUUUGAGAUGAUUGAAGGUCAAGCUCCAUUUAGAGCUCGAAAAGAAAAAGUUAAACGUGAAGUAGUCGAUCGAAGAGUUAAAGAAGAACAAGAAAAAUACUCUCAUAAAUUUACUGAAGAAGCUAAAUUAUUGUGUAGACAACUAUUGAAAAAAUCUCCUAAGUCAAGACUUGGUUGUCAUUAUGGUCGUUAUGGUGCAAGGGAAGUAAAACAACAUGAUUUUUUUAAGACCAUUAACUGGAAAAGACUUGAAGUUGGUGUUGAAGAUCCUCCAUUUCUUCCAGAUCCCCAUGCUGUAUAUGCCAAGGAUGUAUUAGAUAUAGAGCAGUUUUCCACUGUAAAAGGAGUGAAUUUAGAUGCCACAGAUGAUACAUUUUAUUCAAAAUUUAAUACAGGCUCAGUGUCUAUACCAUGGCAAAAUGAAAUGAUUGAAACUGGUUGCUUUAAAGAACUUAAUGUAUUUGGGCCAAAUAAAACGAGAUCGCCCGAUUUAAUUUUAGAUUUAAAGCCAGAGCCCGAAAAGACUGGUUGUUUUCCAUUUAGUAGAAGAAAAACACAAUCAGCUAGAUCAAAGCCAGUUCCUAUUAAGGAUCAAUGUUUUCUUAAUAAACAAAAUAAAAUUGCCGACGAAAUCUCAAGUUGAUGGAAUAUCACAUCUAUAGAGUUUAGAGUCUAGGUGAUUUAAUACAUUACCACUGAUCCUAUAAUCUUUUAAUUUUUUUUCAUCCCUGAAAUCUUUAAAUUGACAAAAUUUGUUUAAAUAUAUUUGU